GACAACACAGCUGGUGACCACUGUGAUGUGUGUGCUCCAGGCUACUAUGGGAAGGUGACAGGCUCGGCCCAAGACUGUUCUCCGUGUGCCUGUCCUCACCGCCCCCCUGCCAGUUUCAGUCCCACUUGUGUCAUGGAAGGUGACAGUGAUUUCCAUUGCAAUGCUUGCCUCCUGGGCUAUGAAGGACAGUACUGUGAGAGGUGCUCUGCAGGUUACCAUGGCCACCCUCAAACUCUGGGUGGCAGCUGUCAGAAGUGUGACUGCAGCAUGCAAGGCUCUGUUCACAGUGACUGUGACCGCACAUCCGGGCAAUGCGUCUGCAAGCCAGGGGCCACAGGGCUCAGAUGCGAGGAGUGUCAACCGAGGCACAUGCUGGUGGAGAGCAACUGUGUUUCCUGUGACGAUGAGUGUGUGGGCGUGCUGCUGGAUGGCCUGGAUGGUGGUACUCAUGCCAUUCUGUCUGUGAACCUCUCUGGUGUUUUCCCUGCCCCCUAUGGGAUUUUGUCAAACCUGGAAAAUCAAACUAAGUAUUUCCAGGAAUCUUUAUUAAAAGAAAAAAUCCAAAAGAAUCAGGCAGAAAUUCACCUUGAAGGUGUUGCAGAACAAACAACCAGUCUGCAAAAGGAGCUCACUAGAGUGUUAGCAAGUAGCCGACGGGUAAAUACAGCAACGGAGAGAAUUCUCAACGAGAGUCAAGACCUGGCCAAGUUCCUUGAGCGACUUCAGAUAAAUGUCAAAGAAGUCCUUGAAAAGGCAGUCACUUUAAAUCGGACCAUGGAUGAAGAUUUCCAGCUUCCCAAUUCUACUCUUCAGAAUAUGCAGCAGGACAUUUCAUCUUUGCUAGAAAUUAUACAGAAAAGGAAUUUCACACAGUUGUACCAAAACGCCACCCUUGAACUCAAGGCUGCUGAGGAUUUACUGUCAGAAAUUCAGAAAAAUUUCCAGAAGCCACAGGAAGAGUUGGAGGUGUUAACAAAGUCAGCCAGCUGCCUCCUCUCAGAGCACAGCCGUGAACUCCAGGCCGCAAAAGAGCUCCUGAAGGAAGUGGAGGCCAAGACCCAGGAGAGCAGCCACCUCCUGCUUGCUGUCAAGGCCAACCUGAGAGAAUUCAGUGAUGGAAAGCUGCGUGUCCAAGAAAAACAAAACCUGAUCUCAGAGCUAAUUGCCGAGGGAAGAGGAUUGGUAGAUGCUGCCGUUGCUCAUGCAGAAGCUGCACCAAGUGCUCUAGCACAGCUGGAGCAUCACCGAGAUGAGCUACUUCUGUGGGCUGCCAAAAUCAGGCACCAUGUCGAUGAGCUGGUCAUGCAGAUGUCCAAAAGGAGAGCCCUUGACCUUGUGCACAGAGCGGAGGAUCAUGCCACUGAGCUCCAGAGACAGGCAGGGGCUCUGGUCAGUGCCCUUGAAAAUGUCACCCACUUGCCUCUGGAUGCGACCAGUGCGGCCCAUGUCCAUUCUGACAUUCAGAGCCUGGUGGAACAAUCAGAGAAGCUGGCUGGUGAUGCUCUCAGGACUGGGAAUAAGACGAGCCUGGCCUCAACUGAAGGUGGACGCCUCCACAGAUAA